AGUCUGGGCCCGCUGAUCCCAGGUGUGCCAAGCUCCCGUCAGCUAGAUCAAAGAGGACAGGUGGCGCACCAUGAUCGAGCACUAAGCCCACAACACUCACAAACUCAAUACAUAUCAAGAAACGCACUGAAAUUAGUUAAGUCUAGACGUAGAAAGUACACGAAAAAUUAGAAUAAGUAUUAACCGAUCAAAGGAAUUAGGAACUGGCUGGAAAUAAAAAGCAAAGAGCAGAAGGCUAAUUCAAUUUUUGAAAGUUGGUGUUAUUUGGAAGUCGUGCGAGGGGCAGUCGCCCCUUGGGGCUCGACAGUGGAGGACGAGGGGGGCGCGCUGCUCGGGCGGCUGCAGGGCGCGCUGCGAGGCGGCGCCGCAGCCGCUUCGCCUUCACGCGUUGCGAACUCCAUCAAGGGCUACCUCAGCAACAAGGUUGGCUCGCUGCAGUUGAGGGAUACAGGAUGGGGCGAAUCAUUUCUGUCACUGUCCAAGAAAUGGCUCAGCACGCAGGUAUACGGCACGGACGACGAGGACUUCCAGAAUGUCCAAUUGCCAAAGCUGCCGGUGCCCGAGCUUCAAGCUACCAUGGACUCUUACCUAGAGUUCGCGUCAGUGAUCGUCAGCCAACAACAGAUGGAGAAUACAAAAAAAUUGGUGAAGGAAUUUAUGGAAGAUCUUGGUCCAAAGCUUCAAGCCACCUUACUGGAGCGUCAGAAAGAGAUGGAUAACUGGGUGACCGACUGGUGGCUGGACGAUAUGUACCUGAAGGUACGCCUGCCUCUACCUAUCAACUCAAACCCGGGCAUGGUGUUCCCGCGCCGUCAAUUUUCUAAAAUGGAGGAGGUUGCCGACCUCGGUGCACUCUUCAUCGAUGAUCUCUUGGAUUAUAAAGAAAUGUUGGACCGAGGAGAGCUGCCACUCGAGAGAGCCACAAGCCGCGAGAAAGGCCAACCGCUAUGUAUGGAGCAGUUCUACCGUCUACUAGGCGUGUGUCGCAUUCCAGAAGUCGGCAAGGAUCGCCUAGAACUACCGCAUCCGCCUAGCGAUCCUGAAGAAGUCGAGGAGUUAGUGAUUGUGGCAUGCAGGAACUAUUUCUAUCCGAUUCCUGUGAAAGCAGUGGAUCGUGGACGACUCACACCAGGCGAGAUCCAGGCACAGCUGCUGCACGUUUUGGUGGACGCGGCAGGGGCCCCAUCUGCUCCCAGGGUUGGCCUCCUCACAUCCAUGGGCCGAGAUCAGUGGGCCAGGGCUAGGGAACAACUCAUCAGAGAGGAGAACAACCGUUCGAACCUGGAGCUGAUCUCGCGUGCGCUGUGCGUGCUGUGCGUGGACGAGGCGGGGGGCGAUCGCGCGGACAUGGACCCCGACACCAACGCCAUGCUGCGAGCCAUGCAUGGCGCCGGCACAGCCUACCACUCCGCCAACCGCUGGUUCGAUAAGACCGUCCAGUUAAUCAUCUCAUCGGAUGGCACGGUGGGCAUGUGCUACGAGCACAGCUCGGCAGAGGGCGUGGCAGUCGUCAGGUUGGCUGAACGGGCGUUGGCUCGCGCAGAAGUAGCCGACCGCCCCACCCCACCUCCAGCACUGCUGCCAGCACCUCAGGCCAUGCGGUGGAACCUCACGCCGGAUCUGCACCAGACCAUCGAGCUGGCCGCAAAGCAACUGGAUCGUCAAAUAGCGGACUUGGACUUCAAGGUGUACACGUACAAUGGAUAUGGACGCGAGUUCAUGAAGUCCUGCCGCACCAGCCCCGACGUCUACAUACAACUCGCGCUGCAGUACACUUACUGCAAGCUUCACGGGCAUCUGGUGUCGACGUACGAGUCAGCAUCGCUGAGGAGGUUCCGCGGCGGCCGCGUCGACAACAUCCGCGCAGCGCACGCACCCGCGAAAGCCUGGGCUUCCGCCAUGUGCGCGCACGACCACCAGCAGCACGACGACACCAGGAAGGUCUCCUUCAACUUGUACGGGGAACAAAAGAAAAUAGAACUAUUCGAUGAAGCUGCUCGUAAACAAACCGCGAUCAUGGAAGCCAACAUCCAAGGACGCGGCAUCGAUAAUCACUUGCUGGGGCUCCGCGAGGCGGCGAGGGAGUCGCUCGGCGAGUUGCCGCCUCUAUUCACCGACCCCACGUAUAAGCAGAUGAUCGAGUUCAAGCUCAGCACCAGUCAGGUGACGACUACUACCGAUGGCACGUUCAUGGGCUACGGCGCAGUGGUUCCAGACGGCUACGGCUGCAGCUACAACCCUAAGAAGGAUUCUAUCAUCUUCUGCAUCGCGUCCUUCUGUUCCUCCAACGUCACGAACACCGAAGCCUUCUGCCUUUCUCUCGAGGAAGCUCUCGACGCAAUGAAGCUUAUGUUCCAGAAUCGUAAGAUAGACAACUAAGCUAAGCAGCCCAACUAUUCAAAUUACGUGUAGCUUCUAAUAGUUAACUAACUUAACUUUGAAAAUCUCGUAACAUAAUAUUUAAAAAAGUCUAAAUUGAACUUUCAUAAAAUGGAUUUCAUAAUAAUCGACUAUUUUAAACUAGCCACAUUGUAAGAUAUUGCAUGUGCGUGUGUAGGCGAAUUCUUCAGGGUUAUUCGCGUGAGCUGAAUAAAAAAAAUAAGUGUUCCAUUCUACUUUUGCAGGGAACACUAAAAAUAUCUAGUUAUAUAACUGUACCAACGCUUAAAUGUUAAACAUGUACCGUCUAAAAACAUAUCAUUAGAAUAUUAAUUUUAAUUAAAAAAAAAGAUAGUUGUUACAUGUUUAUCCUAAUAAUUAAUCAGAACUUGAUGUUAAUAAUCUAUACCAUAUAUUAUCUAUACAAAAUUUUAUGAAUAUAAUAUACGCACAUUCCAAAUAUUUUAAAAUUUUAUUGAAUUUAAAUAAAUUAAUGAAAGUGUUUAUCGAUAAGGAAACAGAAUCAUAUCGUCAAUAUCAUGAUAUAAUAUUAAAUAAUAUAGAUGUUUACGCGAAGCUUGUAUUGUAAUAAUGUACCUACUAUUUAAUAUUACCUAACACAAAAUAGCCAAUUAACUGUGUUCUAAAAAAAAUUAGGUAUAGAUCCAGGUUGAGAGAUUUUGGAGGUACAUCAGACUAACUGUUUACUAUUGUGUUAUUAGGUAUAUAUUUAUCUAAUAUUAUCAGGAUAUUUUUAAGGAUGUUGCCGUGCUCUCUAUGUAAAUUAGCUGGUCUGAUUCCAGCCCACUACGCAUAGCUUUUGUCCUGUUGACAGUUGUUCAUAUACUAUUAUAUUGAUUUUAUAUCAAUAAGUUAAGUACAGCAUAUAUACGUCCCACGGCUGGGCACAGGCCUCCUCCCAUUUCUGAAAAAGAGCCAUGGUAGCUCAGGGACUAAACGCUCGUUGUAAAAUUGCACAGUAGCGCGAGCAACCCAUGAAAUUGUUAAUGACUUACCACGUGCUCGGCGGUGAAGGAAUACAUCGUGAGGAAAUCUGCAUGUCUGAGAAAUAAAAAUAUUUCGAAAACAUGUGAAGUUUCCGCGGCGGACAUUUCCUUGCACUAAAACACAUAUAAUAUUAAUAAUUUAAUAUUAAAUUUCAUAAUUUUUUAUCACUUUUAAGGUCU